UUAGCCUAUAGAAAUAUUAGGCACAUUUUAGCCAUGUAUAUGUAACAAAAAAGGGGGAACAAGAAAGAUAUUUAAUAAUUGCUCUAGUCUAGUCCCCCCCCCCCCGUGCCGGAUGGUCCGUUCCGGUUGUUCGCGCGGGCUAAUAAUAAAGGAAUUAUGCUUAGGGCACCAAAAUGGCUAGCAGCAGCACUGUAUGUAUGUCUCUCCCAUCAAAGCAGCGAGGCAGUGUUCUGUGUGGUGAGAGUGAAGAAGGUGGGCGAUAUAAAGAGAAUUCCUAAAGAAAAGGUUUGUGUCAUCCAUGACGACCAGACAGCCAUCUGCACCAAUGACAAGCAGCCGACCGACAGUGUGAAGCCCAGGAAAGGAAGCCUCAGCCAUAAACACGGACUAGCAACUGGUGCUCAUGGGAAAUGUAGGCUGUGGUCUGAGCUCCGGUCCAACCCUGUGUGUGGCUCUGAUGGCCAUACCUGUUCUUCAAAGGCCAGAUGUCCCUUCUGUUUUUCUUCUCUCAAACGCUCAAACGCUUGUUCCCUGUAA